UUACAUCCAAAGAUGGAAGGGUGUGAUACAACAAAUUCUACAGUAUCUUCAGUUGACAAGAGACAAGCGACUGCUGGCCGCCUCGAAAUCGUGAACAUACUAAACUUAGAGGAUUCGUCCAAGUUUGAAAGUGCUUGAAGUGGAGUUUUUGUUUGAGUUUAAAUUAUCAAAGAUGGACGAUACAAUUUCAAUUAAUCGUGGUUGUGAGUGAAUUUAGUAAUAGUGUUUUCACUAACACUUAAUUGUGAUUGGUGAUCUCAAACUUGGAGCAUGAGUUCUUACUUUGCUAAUUCGUAUAUGCCGGACAUGCGUAAUGGUGGAGUUGUGUCAGCGGAACACCCGCAUCAGCAUCAACAUUAUGGAGCAGCAGUGCAGGUGCCGCAAGGUGGAGGUGCCGUACAAAGUGAUCCUAACUCUUGUGGUGAUCCUUCGGUUGUUGGGUUACGACAAGGAAUACCGUCCCACCACUAUGGUGGCGGUCCCCCGGCCGCAGGGCAACCUCCUCAAGGUAUGCCCUACCCUAGGUUUCCUCCCUAUGAUAGAAUGGACAUGAGAAAUCCUGCUUAUUAUGGGGCUCAACAUCAACAGAUGGAUGGAAAUCAAGGGUAUAGGCCGGAUAGUCCGACAAAUUUACAAAUGGUGAGCAAUGGAGCGCCCAAUGGUCACCAAACACCGGUGGUGUACGCCAGCUGUAAAUUACAAGCGGCUGCCGUAAACCACGGGGGAGUUCUAGGUUCAAGUACGGGCAGCCCACCUUUGGAUACGUCCCAAGGUAUGAGUAAUCAUCACAUGGGUCACCACAUGCAAGAGCACCCUCAACACCACCCUCAAGGUCACCACCAGCAGCCGCACUUACUGUACGGCGCUCAGCAAAGUGGGAAUAUGCAUCAACAAAAUGCUCCACACCAACAACCCUCUCUUCAACAACAGCAACAACAACAGCAGCAGCAGCAGCAGCAACAACAACAGACUGCAAAUAAUCCCGCCGCGUUACCAAGUCCGCUUUAUCCGUGGAUGAGAAGUCAAUUCGGUGAGUUAUUUUUAUGCAAUAUUGUACCAAGUAGGUCUAUAAGUUCUAAAAGUAUAGAAAGUUUCGAAAUUU